AAAAAAAGUAAACUAAUAACAUACCGCUCAAAUAGUAAAUACAGUCCCAAAAUCAAAAUCAGAGUGUCAGAGUUUGUCCUUCGAAAGAAAAUCGGUCUGAGACUGAGAGUAAAGUGUUUGAAAAUGAUGAAGCUAGCGCGCCUUUUACCUUCCAGGAGCCAGUUGUCUGAAAAACUGUUACAUGGGAAAGCUGGUGAUGUUAAAGAUGCUUCACGGUUGUAUGCUUUUACAUCUCGGGCUGGGAUAUCAAAUGCUAGAGAGAAUUCUGCUGCUAAAGGAUAUAUUGCAGAUCGAAUAUUUGCUCCAUAUUCGGUUUAUAAGGGCAAAGCUGCACUCUCUGUGACUCCUGUUCUCCCAACUUUCACCAAGUUGGAUUCUGGUAGUCUUGUAGUUGAUCGCCGCGGUGUCAUGAUGAUGAAGUUCUUACCUGCUAUUGGUGAGCGCAAGUAUGAUAAUGAGAAGAGACAGGUGUUUGCUUUGUCUCCAACAGAGGUAGGGUCUAUGAUAAGCUUGGGUCCAAAAGAUUCUUGUGAAUUCUUUCAUGAUCCAUCAAUGCUAUCAAGUAAUGCGGGUCAAGUCAGGAAGAGCUUAACAAUUAAGGCUCAUGCAGAUGGUACUGGCUAUCUUAUUUCUUUGAAUGUUGUCAACAAUAUUCUUAAAACCAAAGAGUUCUUCACUGUUCCUGUCACAACUGCCGAAUUUGCAGUGAUGAAGACAGCUUGCAGCUUUGCUUUGCCCCACAUCUUGGGUUGGGACCGGUUAACUAAUAAUCCUUCAAGAGACUCAAGACGCACAGUGGGGCUCCCAUCAAAGGUGGAUCCACAAUUUUUGGAUUCGGAGUGGGACAAAUGAAGUCAUGACUGCUGGAUCAACAACUUUUGGAUUUAGAAUGAUGUUCCAAUUGCCAUUUGUAAUGUUGUCCCUGUGCAUCGGUCAUCAAUUCGGAAAAGAUUGUUUUGUGGGCUUUGCCAAAACUGUGUGCCUUUUAUGUAGACUUCUUGUAUUCUAUAACUAAAGACUUCCUUUUCUGUCUUUCCGAAUGAAAUUCGUAGUAGUAAAGAAAAAGAGGAUUGGCAUGAAAAGAGACGCUAUUAUGUUAAAUUUUAAAUUUUAAGUGUGUUAAAUUCCUA